CACUACUAUGACUAGUAGAAGUGCAGACUUUACAUUACCAUAACAUAGGCCAAGCCACAUAACACUGCUAGCAUAUAACAGCAGCAGUAACUGUACAACUCUACAGCAGAAUACACAUCGCAUGUAAUGGCACACUGGCAAAGAUUCACUUGUGCAAGCUUUAUUGAUCUUUUUCACUGAAUCGGUCUUACACUCAAUCCUGGUGACAUGUUGACACACAUAUGUGUCAUAUUGAUUUAUCUACACACCUGUAUCUGUGAGGAUUUUACCUACCACAUCAGGGAAGGUGAAAGUCCUGGUACAUUGCUAGGUAAUGUUGCUAUUGAUACACAUCUAAUGGAUAACAUCUCAUCGAAAGAGCACAGUAUAAUCAAAUUCAGCCAACUAGAAAAAGGAACAGGAAGCAGUUCCCAGUUGUUUAAUGUUUCUAAAAGAGGAGAACUGUAUACUGCCAAGAUAUUAGAUGCUGAGACUCUCUGUAAAUAUAAUGUUAAAUGUUUCAAAAUGGUGGAUAUUGCAGUGCGUACAGGAAAAUCAUUCCUCAAGGUACUUGAAAUCAAAGUAAGAAUUGAAGAUAUUAAUGACCAUCAACCAGAGUUUCCUGAAAAAGUAGUCAGUCUUCAUUUUGCUGAAACAGAUAGGCAAGGAACAAAAAAAUCAAUUCCACAUGCUGUCGACAAAGAUGUUAGCAUCAUAAAUUCACAGAUCACCUAUGAAUUAAUAAAAAAUGAGGAUGAUCCAUUCACAUUAGCAGUUUCCAAGAGAGUUGAUGGCUCUUAUUCACUUGGAAUAAUUUUAAAAAGGGAGUUAGACAGAGAAGUUAGAGACACAUAUGAGUUGCAGGUAAUUGGUAAAGAUGGAGGGACUCCAUCAAAACAUGGUAUUUUGGAUGUUCAAAUAUCAGUUACAGAUGAAAAUGACAAUCCACCAAUAUUUUCUCAAGACAUUUACAAUAUUACAGUGAAUAACAGACAAGCAAAAGAGAUACCAGUUCUUAUCUUGUCAGCUACUGAUUUAGAUUCAGGUAAAAAUGGAAACGUAUCAUACUAUUUUAGUUCCAUGACAUCUGAGAGAGCAAAAUCGUUUUUUGAAAUAAAUAAAAAUACUGGAGAAAUCUUUCUUCUGAAAAAAUUUAAACCAGAAAAGAAACAAACUUAUAAACUAUUUAUUGAAGCCAGAGAUGAUGGCAGUCCUCCUCUGAGCUCUGUUGUAACAGUUGUGGUAAAUAUUAUCAAUAAACAAAACAGUGCUCCAGUGAUUGAAGUAAAUUUCUCAGAAUUAACUGGAAACACAGCAACAAUAUCUGAAGCGAUGGAAGUUGGCAGCUUCAUUGCAUAUGUGAAAGUUGUCGACAAUGAUAUUGGUUUGAAUGGACAAGUGACAUGUGACCUCCGGCAUAAUAAGUUCACUCUUCAGAGUCUUGGUCAGAAAAGAUACAAAGUAUCAGUAAAGCAGACUGUUGAUCGAGAAAGUGAAAGUAGAAUAAAUUUCACAAUAACUUGCAGUGACAGAGGAACUCCUUCUCUGAAAACUGAACAUGAGUUUUCACUCAAAGUAACUGAUGUCAAUGAUGUAAAACCACAAUUCACAAAAGAAACAUUCAAAUUUUUAACAUAUGAAAACGAAAUGCCUAAUUUUCCUGUUGGUUUUAUCAACGUUACUGACUCUGAUCUUGGAUCAGGUAGUCAGCUUACAUAUUUUCUUUUUUCUAACAUUAAAUUUGCAUUACCUUUUAAAAUAUCUGAUUUUGGAUUUAUUUCAACUACUCAAUCAUUAGAUCGUGAACAGCAAGAAGUUUAUAAAUUCAAAGUUUUGGCCAAAGAUAAUGGAACUCCAUCUCUGAGUAGCACAGCAAAUAUAGUUAUCGAAGUUAUGGAUGAAAAUGACAAUGCACCGUAUUUUACAUUUCCCAGCUUCGACCCUUUUAGCCUUGAUGUCUUCUAUCAACCACAAAGCAAAAAUGACAUAACAGUUCUGAGAGCCUCUGAUAGGGAUAGCCGGCAAAAUUCUUUUAUUAAGUUUGAAAUAUUUGGAGGGAAUGGUAGAAAUUUAUUUUCUGUCAAUCCAUACACAGGUGUGCUGUCUUUUUCACGGAUUGUUUACCAAAAUGAUGCUGGAUCAUAUGAUCUUCUACUUAAAGUGAAAGACAGUGGUAUUCCUGUUUUAUCAGCUACUACUACAUUAUCCUUAACUCUGACUGUCAGUAACAAAACAUCAACUAAACUGACAGCAGUGCAGUUUCAGUCUGACGAUAAAAUACACAUCAAUUUAUUCAUCAUAAUCAUAGUGGCAGCAGUGACAGUUUCCGUAUUACUGGUUGUUUCCAUUACCAUAUGCAUUGUCAGGAGAAAAAACCAAAGGAACACUCCGUAUCAAUGCGGAGCGGUUCCUCCAAAACAACUAAUGAAUUGCAGCAGACAGUCAGAAUACUUUUGUGCAACACAACCAUCAUCCAAACAUGAGCUUAGUCAGAAAGGAAGAGACUCAACUAUGGAAAUUCAUUCACAGCCAUUUACUAAAGGAACUCAUCAGAAGUGUUCUCAGCAGGAAGUUCAGACAUAUGUUGGCUGGACCGAAGAGCAAGCAGCUUCAGCACAGGCACUUUACCGAUACAGUGACAUGAGACCAGAAUCAUAUGUGGACAGUGGACAAGGAAUAUGUGAAGGGAACAUGGAUGAUAUGGGUCAAUUUACAGGAAUACAUUCAUGAUGCGGCAGUAUAAAUUGGCACCCUUGCAUUCCACGUUCAUUGGGUGAUUACCUCUUGUUGUCACUUUGUAAACCAUAGGAUGUCAUUACUCUUGGGAAAGUUGUUCGUAUAACGAACAACAAGCAAGCAUCUGUUAUUUUGUGCAAAAAUACACACACACACACACACACCAAUUCAUACACAGAUACAUAGAUACUUAUAGUAAAAUAUUAUUACAUUACACUACACACAUACACACACAAACACACAUAUAUAUAUAGUAUACAUACAUGCAUAUAUUUAUGUAUGCAUAAAUAAAUAUAUAUACAUUCAACAGAAGGAAAGAAAGAAUGAGCAAAAUUACAAUUUAUGGACAAAGACAAGAGAACCAUGGAGUAUUUGUAUUUGGAUCGAAGAAGCAAGUACAUGUUUUUAGAGACACUUAAAGUAGCCAGACAAUGUAUGCAUGCUAAGCGGCAUAUCGGGAGUUCAUGGGAAAAUCAUGUGCCUGUGUAACAAUGUGGAUGAACUUAUUGGUUGUGAUUGAUGCUUCAUGUCAGAAGACAUUGCAAAUGAAAUUAGUUUCAGCCAUGGUGCUCUGCUCCCAAUUGUCCAGCUUCUGAAACAUAUCAAGUAAAUGGGUGCUUAAAAUGCCGAUAAUAUCUGUAAGGUGAAAUAUGUAGAAUAUUGAAAGCAGCAUUCAUUCACUGCUCUGGUAAUGAGAGAUGUCUUCCUGCAGUAUAUUGUGACUAAGAAUAAUCAGGGUCACACAAGUACCAACUAAGAUUAAAUCAUGCAACGUUUUGCAGGAAAAUUAGCCUCGGAAUACAGUAUUUUACAAGAAAAUCAAUGUUGAUAGCAAUUUUCAGAGCAGAUAUCCUCCAUUGUUGUAUAUUUCAUGAUCUGUUCCUAUAAUUACUAUAUAU